AUGUCUGUGUGCUCCACCGUGAAUAAAAUUCAGAAAGCCACCAAGCUACGGAUUGCUAGCUUCGUCCACGGUUCCGAUGGCCUCGGCAACCAGAACUUCCCUCCGCCGGCCGGCAAGGCGCUGGACCAGUCCGCCGCCGCCUUCCUUGUCGAGCAGGCGAAUCUCUACCCCGGACAGGUCACCGUCGUCGCCCUCGGACCCCUCACCAACCUUGCGCUGGCUGUCGAGCUUGACCCCUCUUUCCCAAAGAAGAUUGGGCAGAUUAUUAUCCUGGGUGGCGCAUAUUCAGUUAAUGGAAAUGUCAACCCUGCAGCUGAGGCAAAUAUAUUUGGCGAUCCUGAUGCGGCUGAUAUAGUUUUUACCUGCGGUGCGGAUAUUUUGGCCAUCGGAAUUAACAUUACGCACCAAGUACUCCUUUCUGAUGUUGACCGGAAGAAGCUUGAACAGUCCGAUAGCAAAUAUGCUCGCUACUUGAGCAAUAUACUGGGUUAUUAUUAUGAUUAUCACAUGGACGCCUACUCCAUAACAGGAGUAUAUCUUCAUGAUCCCACAACUCUUCUUGCCGCCGUAGAUCCGUCGCUGAUGACUUACACGGAAGGAGUGGUGAGGGUUCAGACGGAUGGAAUCACAAAGGGUCUCACCGUUUUCGACAAUACCAAGAAAACGUAUGGGGAGAUAACAGCGUGGUGUGGUAAGCCUACCGUGAAGGUUGCUGUCACGGUCGAUGCCCCUGCUGUCGUGGAGCUCAUAAUGCAGAGGCUUCUCACGGACGAUUGA